AUGGCGCUAUCGCGGGUCCCUGGGGAGGAUGAGCUCUAUGUUGGAGGGAUAUUUAUAUUACGCCGCAAGUCCACGCUGGCUGACACUGGCAUUACGCAUGUCGUCUCGGUCCUCAAGUAUGAUUUCAAAGACUUUGAAGACUGGGACAAGUAUGAGCAUCUCAGUGUUGAAGUCGAUGAUAUAGACGAUGAGAACCUGCUCGGCGAGUUUGAGAGAACGGGCAGCUUCAUCGAGAAGGCUCUAAAGGAGGGGAAGAACGGUAAAAAGGGAAAAGUGCUUAUUCAUUGGUGA